AUGGAUGCUAAUAAUAAAGGUAAAAAGUAAAAUUAAACUAACUCUAAGCCUGAGGUAAUUAAACUAAAAGUUGGAGAUGAUCAACAGUUCCAAAAAAUAGGAAUUUGUCUUUUAGAAAAAGUAAAGAAUGAGCAAUCAGAAAAAUAGCUAGAGGAAGUGUAGGUUAAUUUGUAUUAUGAUCAAAAGUUAGGAUAUGCAAAAUUGAUAGAUGCUUAAAAGUAGCAAUAGGAUAGACAAAAUUUAGUUUACUAAAAUAUUAUUUUGUAGCAUGCAAAUACUUGCCCUCAUUUUCAAUUUAGUAGAUUAGACUAACAAUUCUAACUUAGUUAGUAGACUACUGGAGUAGCAGUUUGCGGAAUCAUAAUUGAUAAAAAUAAUUAUGUCCUACUCACUAAAAGAAAUCCUGAAAUGAGAACAUAUCCUCGUUGUUGGGUAUUUCCUGGAGGUUAAGUUGAUUUAGGGGAAAGUUUUUUGAAUACAGUUUUUAGAGAAAUUAAAGAAGAAGUUGGAUUAAACAUUCUUUUGCCUCAAAGUCAGUAAGAGGAGAACUUUGACUUUGAAGAAGAAUUCGAGCAGUAAUCUCCAAAAAACUAAUAAAAUACCAUUGAAGAAAAAGAAGGAGGAAUAGAAGAAGAACAAGAAAAUAUGUUUAAGAGAUAAACUAGAUUGUAGAAGAAAAUUUAAGAUUAGAAAAAGAAAGUAGAAACAAAUCAAUAAAUGAAAAAAGAAGAUUUUUUAACAAAAAGUGCAGUGCACUUAAUGGAAGACCCAAAACCUUUAUUUUUAUAUGAAAGUGUAUUCCCUACAGAUAUCAAAAUAAACUACCCACAAAGAUCAAGUCUUGUCAUAUUUUACGCAUUAAAAAUUAAGGAAUCUUUUAAGGAUAUUCAGCUAUCUUAGUAAAGAAAAGAAAUUGAUUAUAGUGCUUGGAUUCCUUUAGAAUUGUUGAAUAAAUUGAUUGAAGAAAAUGCAAUAAGUGACAGUGAAUUUUUAUAGUAGUAGAUAGAAACAGGAAUAUCUAUUAAUCAUAAUUACUUCCCCAUCGGUCAUAAUUGUUUUGUAGGAAAAUAUCCUAACUAGUUAGGAGAAGGUAUUGGAGAAGCCCACAUCAAAGCAAUAAGAAUGCUCAACCUCAAAUAUAAUAAAAGCACUAAAGUCAUCAAAAUAAAAUGA